CCCGCGACCCGGCCCCGGAUAGCGGAGGAGGAUGGAAUGGAAUGGAAAAAUCAUACAUUCAUUCAAAUAUUCAUACUCACAUACCUUUUCACAGGGUCUACUUUUUCCACAGCACAAUGUAUGUAUUACUUAGGAGACAUUGCUCUGAGUUUUUUUUUUAUGCAGUCUGUACAGCCAUGCAUGAUUUCCACCUUUGACACAACAGAAGUCACUGUCAGUAAUAAUAAUACAAGUAUUGCCAGUACUUCUACAAGAAUACUAAUAUGACUAUGGCUAAAAACAUAGUAAGGGACAGUUAUUUAUUCAUUUUUUUAAAAGCUUAACACAUUUUUACUGUUUCUUCAAAAUAGAUAAAUGACAAUAUUCAGCAUCAUUACGUUUUGCCAGUGAUCUUCUGACCUGUGGAUCCACUCACCUUUGGAUGUACUGUUCCUGUUUCAGCUGCCCUACCAAAGAAUGUAUGCCGGAGUCAGAAAUUUAUGAAGAUGUGAAGGACUAUUAUGGAAGGGUGCUGAAGAGCACCUCUGACCUAAAGAGCAAUGCUUGCCUGACUCCGGCCACACCGGUGGCACCCGCUGUCCGCAGAGUCCUGGAGGAAGUGCACCCUGAAGUCACCCGCAGGUACUAUGGAUGUGGGAUGGUGGUCCCAGAAUGCCUGGAGGGCUGCAGAGUGCUGGAUCUGGGAUGUGGAGCUGGAAGGGACUGCUACAUGCUGAGCCAACUCGUGGGUGACAGGGGUCUUGUUACAGGCAUCGACAUGACAGAGGAGCAGCUGGAUGUGGCCAGAAAAUAUGUUGGUUACCAUACUAAGAAGUUUGGUUACAAGAAACCAAAUACUGAAUUUGUUCAAGGAUACAUUGAGGCUCUGCAGGAGGCAGGACUGAAGGGAAGCUUCUAUGAUAUUAUAAUAUCAAACUGUGUGGUGAAUUUGUCUCCAAACAAGAAGCAUGUUCUAAAGGAGGCUCAUCAUGUGCUGAAGGAUGGUGGGGAGCUGUAUUUCAGUGAUAUUUACUGCAGCCACAGGCUUCCGGCAGAGAUCAGGACUCACAAAGUCUUGUGGGGUGAGUGUCUCGGGGGCGCUCUGUGGUGGGAGGACCUGCUGCGACUGGCUGAAGAAGUGGGAUUCUGCACCCCAAGACUGGUUGCUGCCAGCACUGUCACCGUUGGGAACAAGGAGUUGCAGAGCCUUCUCCGAGACUACAAAUUUGUUUCAGCAACGUUCCGUCUCUUCAAGAUCCCAAGAAACGUAUCCAACGAGAGCUGUCGGGUUAUAUAUGAUGGGAAUGUUACCGGACAUGAGGACUUCCUCAAGUUUGAUGCCUACCAUACAUUUAGGAAAAAUGAGGUGGUGACUGUAGAUGGAGAGCUGGCCAGCAUCCUGAAGAUGUCCCGGUUUGCUGAGGAGUUCACAUUCCAGGACCAUGCAGAGAAUAAAACAGGAUCCUGUUGUGUGAUGCCCAAGGCGGUGAGCUGGAACCCCUUUGAGCUGGAGCUCCCGCAGGGUGGCAGUGCGGACGCGUCCGCUGGGGGAUGCUGUGGAGCACAGCCAUCGUGUUGCCCCUGAGACCAGUGGAACCCUGUGGGGAGACACCCUGACUCGACCUAAUGCCCAUAAGUGCUCACACUUAUUCAACGCUCAAGAAAUAUUCCUUGAAAAGUCCUUAAAAAUGGCUUGAUGAUGUUCAGAUUGUCAGUGGUUAAAGUAAGCACUUAGUGAGUACAAAAAUACAUUUGAUUGGUGCUUCAUUUAGCUUGAAAACUAAAUAAUUAUUAGAUAAUUUUUGCUUUAAAAUGUAAACCUAUUGUGGUGUCUCUUGUGCUGCUGCUUUAUAUUGUGAGAAACAUAUAAUUUUAUGAUGGAGUAAUAUUUUACUGUACUACUGAAUUGUUACUCUAAAUUUUAUAUGUAAAUUAAUGAAUUUUACAUGCUCUGCAUAAUUUAAAACUUAGUUAUGAUUAUAUAUUGUUUAUGAUUUUAAAGUACUGAUAAUGUCAUUUACCAUUUCUUAUCCUUGAAUACAUAUUGCUUCAUAAA